AUGGGCUCCACCAUCUUCCCACUCUGUGUGACACUUCUGCUGUGUUCUGUCUAUGGUUCUCCAGUCUCUGUGGGACAGCUCUCCAGUGAAGCUGAUGCUGGAGCUGGUGAGGUAUUCAAAGACAUUCCCCAAAUCAACUUGGCUGCUGGACUGGACCUCUUUCAGGGUGAUAUCUUGCUCCCUAAAAAUCAGCGAAAUGCCUUAAGAAAUGAGACCUACAGAUGGAAGUUUCCCAUUCCCUAUAUUCUGGGUGAUGACCUAGACCUGAAUGCCAAAGCCGUCAUUCUCCAGGCAUUUGAAAUGUUCCGCCUGAAGUCCUGCAUUGAUUUCAAGCCAUAUGAGGGAGAAAGAAGCUACAUUUUCUUUAGCAAGCAAGAUGGGUGUUGGUCCAUGGUGGGGAACCAGCAGACUGGACAGAACCUCUCAAUUGGGUCAGGGUGUGACUACAGAGCAAUUGUGGAACAUGAGAUCCUGCACGCUUUGGGAUUUUACCAUGAGCAGUCGAGGAUGGACCGGGAUGACUACGUCAAUAUCUGGUGGGAUGAAAUUAUUGAAGGCAGAGAGCACAAUUUUGUGAAGUAUGAUGACACCUACAUCACUGAUCUGAACACCCCCUAUGACUACGAAUCAGUCAUGCACUAUCAACCAUUUUCAUUUAACAAAAAUGAAAGUGUCCCCACAAUCACAGCGAAGAUACCAGCGUUUGAUGACAUUAUUGGCCAACGUCUAGACUUCAGUGCCAUUGACCUGGAAAGACUGAAUCGCAUGUACAACUGCACUUCAACUCACACCUUUUUGGACCAGUGUUCUUUUGAGCUUGAAAACAUCUGUGGUAUGAUCCAGGGCACCCAGCGUGACCAAGACUGGGUCCACCAAAAGGGCAGUGUGAUGGGGCAGGAGGACCACACACUUUCUGGGCGCUGUAGAGAUGCUGGCUACUUCAUGUACUUCAACACCAACUCUGGCCAGGCAAAUGAGGUGGCAAUCCUAGAGUCCCGAAUCCUUUAUCCAAAGAGAACUCAGCAGUGCCUCCAGUUCUUCUACAGGACCACAGGAAGCCCUUCUGACAAGCUGAUCAUCUGGCUGAAAGAGGACGAUGGCACUGGGAACAUUCGUAAGAUGAGGAAAAUUCAAACCUUUCAAGCGGACAGUGACUCCAACUGGAAGAUUGCCCACGUAACCCUCAACGCUCAGAAGAAAUUCCGUUACUUCUUCCAAGGACUGAAGGGCAACCCCAGCUCUUCACUGGGUGGGAUUGCUAUUGAUGAUGUGACUCUGACAGAGACCCCCUGUCCCACAGCUGUGUGGGUUAUUCGCAACUUCAGCAAAAUCCUUGAGAACUCAUCCAUCAGCCUUGUUGAAAGCCCCAGGUUUUACAGUCCUGAGGGUUAUGGGUUUGGCAUCAGCGUGUUGCCCAACUACCAGAACAGCAGCUAUGCUCGUGUUGCCUUCCACCUGUGCAGCGGAGAGAAUGAUGCAGUUCUGGAGUGGCCGGCUCUGAACCGCCAGGUCACACUCACAGUGCUGGACCAGGACCCCGAUGUCCUGAAAAGGAUGUCCUCAAGCAGAAGCUUCACCACAAGCAAGGACCAUGUUAGCUCAGGUAGUGGAACUAUAAUAUGGGAUAAACCAUCAGUUGCUGGAAGGUUUGAUGAGUCGUGCAAUUGCUACAGAAGUGUAACCUGGGGGUGGAAUAACUUCAUAUCUCACAGCCAGCUGAGACGGAGAAGCUUCCUGAAAAAUGAUGACCUUAUUAUCUUUGCAGAAUUUAAUGAUAUAAUUCACCUCAAUAACACAGAAGUUCCUGUUGAACCUGUGCAAUCUGCCCUUAUGGAAGGCCUCGUGCUUGAAAGGCAGAAGAGAGCAGUCCAGGACAUGGAGCCCGUCCAAGACCAGCUGCCUUAUCUGCCAGACCCGUGUGACCCAAACCCUUGUCAGAAUGAUGGAGUCUGUGUGAAUGUGAAAGGAAAAGCAAGCUGCAGGUGCCCAUCGGGACAAGCCUUCUUCUUCACUGGGGAGAGGUGUCAGUCAAGGCAAGUCCAUGGGAACAUCCUGGGAAUGACUAUUGGUGGAAUUGCUGGAACCAUUGUCUUGACGGUCGUCCUCAUUUCCAUGAUGGCUAGAAGAUAAAGAACUGCAGGGGGCACAAAUUUCAACCUGGUUCAUAAAACACCCAUUUUCAAAGAAAAAUUAUGAAUGUAACUUGGAGAAAACCACUCAUCAUAUGGACGAAAAGUUGUGCCAACGGCUUGGCAGCAAUCUGGAUUUU